GCGUCUAAGGUUAAAGAGGAAGAAACCAUACGUCUUAGUUCCGAAGGUUGGGAGGAUUUUACUCGGUUAUAUGCUCUUUUAAAAGAAGCCUUCGAUCUCAGGGGCUCGUUGACUACUUAUAAGUUUUCAAUUAGCGAUAAGCUUAUAGAUCUUAGCUGGUCGAAAAGCGUCUUUAUCGAUUACAUUGAAAAACAAAAAUUUAAAAGAUCAUACUUUGAUAUGAUAAAUUCCUUACCAGCACCAUCAAAACUCGGGGAACCUGAGGAAUGGUACAAACGACAGAAAACUAAUGCUGUUGAUGCUAUUUGUCUUAAUCACUGCCCCCCAACAGCUUCUAGUUCCGUCCCUGUUAGCUUGCUUUGUUCGGUUUUUGGAAAAUUUAAGGAUUUAUGUGAUGAGCUUUCAGAAAGCGAAGAUAAUCUUUUCGCUUAUGAUUUUUGUUUUGAAAUGGCAAAACAUUAUAAUUACGAAUCGGAGCGUCAAACUAAGGCAAAUAAAAUGCUAUCUGGAUAUCUCAAACGCUCUGUACAACCAAUUGUGACUGAAGAUAAUUGUCGAACUGAUGGUACUGUAUGUUAUGGUGAUGGCUCUAACGCAUAUCGUGAGGUUAAUGUGGAAUACAAGAGGCAUAACUGUAGCUCCGAUGCCUGUCCCUACCUUGAAAAUUGUGGAUAUUAUUUAGUUUUUUGCGCGGAAAAAAAAGAACAUUCCUCCUACCAUGUGACUAAUUUUCCAUGCUUUUUGAUUGUAAUUUCUGGACCUUACUUUUCUGUUUCUGGUGCUGUGUUUGCAGAUGUUGCUAUAGUUGACCCGCUCACUCCAGUCUUUCCUCUUAUUUGGCAAAAAUAUGACGAAGCGAUGAUGGUAUCAAUUGCAAAAACAUUUCGUGCUUUGAAGAUAUCUCUCCGACUUCUCGAUCAAUAUUAUGCUAAUGUUGAUGAAUUAAUUCAAGACGAACCUCAAACUGUCCAUCCCGUGCAUCCUUCAUUUCCGGAAGUGAUUAUAGACGCUAAAUCAUACAUGGUUCAAAUUGAUUCCCAAGUUAGCACAAAUCUUCUUUGGGAAGUUACACUUUUAAAUGAACAAGGGCCUCAUUUUACAGCCUAUGUGAAAGCUGUUCAAAAACAUCGAUAUUCACUUGAUACACAUAAGCUCUUAGCUGAAGUUGGAUACGCUCCAGAAGUCUAUACUACUUCAAUAAUUCCCGGAAAUUGGAUUUUAGUUUAUAUGAAAUGCCUGAACAAUCAUUCAAUAUUAAAUAACAUUACCUCUAACCUUGACGAUCAAAAACGAAGUUCACUGAGAAAAAAAAUAAAAGGGAUAGUCGAAUAUUUGCAUAAUUUAGGAUACGUUCAUGGAGACUUGCGUGAAGGGAAUAUUCUGGUUCAUCAACUUGAAGGUAAUGAAUUUGAUGUGAAGUUGAUCGAUUUUGAAUGGUCUGGAAAGGUUGGUUCUGCAUGUUAUUCUCCCUUUAUGAAUCGUAAAACUAUUCAAUGGCCUGAUGGUGCGGAAGAUUGGAAAUUG